AGCUUCGCAUACAGGAGAGGCGCAGGGCUCUUGAGAGCGCAGUUUAACGGAGAGCGCAGGGGAAAAGGCGCAGUUAAAGUGCAGUGUGUAGUGAAUAGACUGCAGCUAAAGCAUAUUGCAGGGAAGAGGCUCAAGUUUCACACCACAGAUCACUACAGCGCUGUGACACUGGAGCUCAGAAGGACACACUCAGAUGGCACGACUCAUUCCCACGGCACAACGCUAUAGAGCCUCCCGAUCCACCUGUACGCAUCAUCCGGAAACAUGCGUUUAACUCAUUUAUAAUUCCCAUUUCUCCUUUUAACGCGACACCGAUUAUUCUGCUCUUUAACUAAGUUUUGGACUAAAGUUGUGGUUAGUAUUUACUUUCAAACCACGCGCUAUUUGUCGGUUAUUGUGUCCUCUGAUGAGUAGAUUAUAAGCUUGUUGAAGGAAAAGGCAGGUUAGACUAAAAUGGAACAAGACACCAAAGUUUCUCGCGAUUCACAUGGAGAAAGGACUUGCGCCGAGCAUCCGUGUAAAAGUGACGCCUGGCCGAGGCGCACUGAGGUGUGUGGUGCGGUGGCGGUGUGCGUCGCGCUCUGCCUCUUCUCUCUCGGAGUGUCUGUGCUGUUUUAUUUGCGCACCUCGGAGCUACAGGCCAGGGUAAACAGCUUGGAGAAGCACAGAGAGCCCCAGCAGCACUCAGCCUGGAUGUUUCUUGAGCAGGUGGAACCAGUGCUCUUAAAUCGCCUGGAUCAGAUGCUGGAAGAGAAGUUAGCAUCUCGUCUGCCAAAGACCAGAGAGACUCGGGAUGUCUCCCACGCCUGUCUGUGUCCACCAGGACCUCCUGGUCCUCCUGGACGAGCUGGCUUUCCGGGAGACAAAGGAUCAAUGGGCAUUCCUGGAAGAAUGGGCUUAAAGGGAAACACAGGGGACAAGGGAGCUCCAGGGGAGCCAGGUGUAUCUAUCAUUGGCCCACGAGGACCUCCUGGUCAGCCGGGCACUAGAGGAUUUCCUGGCUUUCCGGGUCCUAUUGGUUUGGAUGGCAAGCCUGGGCAAAAUGGUCAGAAAGGAGACAUGGGUGCACCAGGUCCCAAAGGACUUCCUGGUGAGCAAGGUCCAAAGGGGGAAAAGGGUGUGUGUGGUGAUUAUACACAUCGGAUGUUGCCCAUCACCGUGCGCAACAUGCCCUCAAUAAGCCCUCUAAUUCUAAAGCGCCUCAAGCAGGGUGAGCCUGGAGCACAAGGACCCCCAGGGCUUCCUGGCCCUCCAGGGCCUCCUGGUAGCCCAGGAUUGACUGGUGCUAAUGGGCCACCGGGAAAACCUGGAGAACCUGGAAAACCAGGAAAAGAAGUGAGGAUGUUGACAGCAAUGAAGGGAGAACCGGGUGUACCAGGACAAAAGGGUGAUCGUGGUGAUACAGGAUUAACUGGACCUGAAGGCCCCAAGGGAUUCAAAGGGGAUCAAGGACAGAAGGGAGAGGAGGGGAAGAUGGGUCUUGCAGGAGAGAAAGGAGAGAAGGGUGAAAGAGGGAUGCCUGGAAUGCCAGGAAAACAAGGAGUAAAGGGAGAAAUUGGUUUUCCAGGUGCUCCUGGACUAAAGGGUCAGACAGGUAUUCCCGGUAUUCCGGGGAAGCGAGGCUAUAAGGGUGAAAAGGGGGAAAUGAGUUCUACAGGAGUUGGUGUUAAAGGAGAACCAGGAGUGCCAGGACUGCCAGGACACAAGGGUCAAAAAGGUGAUCAAGGCAUUAAGGGUGAAACAGGACCCGAGGGCCAACCAGGACCAAGAGGUCCUCCAGGUGCAACAGGAGAACCAGGCAAAAUGUUAAUAAACAACAACGAGAAUGAUAUUCGUAAUGUGCAGCUAAUGGGCCCACCUGGUCUACCUGGGCCUCCUGGGAUACCUGGUGCCAAGGGUGAAGUUGGGCUGCCUGGGCCUCCUGGUCUCGAUGGGGAAAAGGGUCCUCGGGGAAAAGCAGGAGAGCCUGGAGCCAUUGGCCCACCUGGACUGCGAGGAGAGGGAGGAGUUAUGGGCUUCCCGGGACCUAAAGGGGAUAAAGGAGACAUGGGUCCCGCUGGAUCACCUGGUCAGAAAGGUGACGCUGGUGAGAAUGGAGAAAAAGGAGAACAGAUGUAUGGCCUACCAGGACCUCCAGGACCUGCAGGGCCAGUGGGGCCAAUGGGACCUCCAGGAUUGUCAGGGCCAAAGGGGGAGCCAGGUCUGGGUGUGAGAGGAGAGAAAGGAUCACCUGGACAGAAAGGAGAUAAAGGAGAUAGAGGUCAUCUUGGAUUACCAGGUCUUAUAGGACCGCCUGGUAUACCUGGACCAGCAGGACCAAAAGGAGAGAGGGGUGAGAAAGGAGAAAUGGGAGUAGCAGGACCAAUAGGGCCUCAAGGCAUCCCUGGCUUAGUAGGACCACCAGGAUUAAAAGGAAACCGGGGGGAGAGGGGCAAGAGAGGCAACAGGGGGGCCAAAGGGGAUAAGGGAGACCAAGGAGCCCCAGGAUUAGAUGCCCCUUGUCCUUUGGGUGAUGAUGGCCUACCAGUACCAGGAUGUUGGAAUAAAUGACAUUAAUUCCGGAUUGUUGUGUUUGAUUGUACAUAGAAUAUUUAUUUUUGUACUGUUUGCUUUGUUACAUGUUGGGGAAAAAAAUAUAGAAAACCCUAAAAAUACUGGCAGGACUUUUGUACAGAUUUAUUUUUAUUAUUGUUUAUUUUUUAUUACUGGCAAUAUUUUUGUUAUGUAAUGGAUUUUAUUCUGUGCCAAUGCAUUAUGCAAAAUCUUUUGAUUAAGGAGGAACUAUACUGAGGCAGCAUAUGCAUGAUAUUUGUGCAUUAUGUUAACUGAUUUGUGCCUAUUAACUUAUUGUAUAAUGGUGUUUUUGAACAGACCAUGCUGCACUAAUCAGUGGAGCUAGAUAUUUGAUGUGGCCUUUUAUGAGGAAACCCCUCAUUUCUGAGAUUUAAAUAGACACCAACAGUUGUAUAGCACUGACCACCGCUGUAUUCUGUAAUGUUUACUCAAAGGGACCAUUAAAAACAGUGUGCUUAGGACAUAUAACCAAACUGGCACUGAGAUUUUAAAUCAAGGCAAUUAUUAUCUUUCAAUGCAUAAAUUAUUAGCAUGUAUGGUCGGUAAAUCUUUUUGAGAGGAUGUCCUGAAAAAAGUCCAAAACUGACAAAUUAACAGAGCAAUUCUCUGGCAGCUUUAUGAGAUUACCUCUCUCUGUGCCUUAUAAUUAUUUUUUGCCUUGGCAGGCCAUACAUAGCAAUUACAUUUCAGAUCUUAUUUCAAUUAACUACAAUUUCUUUUUCGUUAGCCCUUGCCAUGUGUUAGAGUAGUGCCAAAGCCAUGUUAUUCACCUGACUAAUAUCUUAUGAAGACUUUGUAUAAUUUUAUACCAUAUGUAUAUUGCUGCUCAUUGACAAGCAAACUGCUGCAUUUGCUAUUAUGCUUCUUUGCCUUAUUGUACCUCAUCUGACAAGCUGAAAUCAGGACAAAGGCAAAGCCGAGAUGAUAUCUAAUAUCUUAUACUGAUGAUAUCUUAUACUUUAAAUAGCAUCUAGUCGUAUGAGGAGGGACCCAAGCUAACAUUCGUUCAUCUGUUUUGUUUUGUUGCCGUAUAUGUGUUGAAGGAGUGAUUAAGUUUUAAGAUUCUUGUGUUUGAUUGCUGCUGCUUACAAUGAAAAGCAUGUUCUUAAGAUUAUCUUUAGCUUUAAUAACAAUCAGCUUCAGUAAACCAGUCAUUAGGCUGUAAUACCUCAGAUACUUGUGCUGCCAUGUUCCUACUCAUAGGAGCGAGAGACAUAUCAAGCAUAAUGUAAAAAAAAAAAAAAAAAAAAAAAAGAAAAUAAAAAGCUCUCCAAAUGAACCUAAAUGCUAAUAAAUCAUAGUUACACCAUUAUCUGUUCAAGACAGUCUUAUUUGAUAAAUACCUAACGUCUUGCUCAGAGUUACUGAAUUUAUUUUUUUGCUUUGACUAAAUGUGCAUAUUGAUUUUACCAGUGUUUUAAAAAAUGGCAUCUUGUGUCCUUUAACGUCUUCUGAUUGUGUUGUGCUAACUUGCACCUGGUGACUGAAAAGUGUGAUCUGCAAACAUCUGGAACAUCAGCACUGUCUUUGACAUGUCUUUGUUUUAUUGAAAGGGUCAGAAUCCUUUCCAGCUGGCUAAGAAGUAACAACAAAUUUGAGACCCACCUCUUCAGGGUGAGGUUUUAUUCUAAGCUAUAUGAAGAAACUUGAAGAGGAGAUCUUUGAGUUCAGACCUGCUGUGGCUGUUUCAUGGAUGUUCAUGAGAGUUAAAGCACAGGUGGCGUUCCUGGGAGGCUCCACAGGGUGGCGCAGGUGAACACCCUUCUCUUUGAUAGGACUAUGUGAGCAAUUUUCCAUCUUGACAUUUUUCUAUGGAUUUCUUCACCAGAGAAACUGCCAUAACAACAGUGUAUCGUUGCUCCACAUUGUAUACACAUUUCUUUCUUUUUAUCAUGUUCACUAUGUGAAAAUGAUUUUUUUGUUUGUUUUUUUUUUUUUUUCCUUUUUUUUAAUUAUUCGACACCAGUAACUGUGAUUUGAGAAUUCAGUGCAGCUCACUGAACACGUCAACUCAGUGGUAAUGUGUUUCCAGACUAACAAGCAAAAAACAUCCUUUAAUGAUUCCUGAUUUUCUUUUUUUCACUGCCUUUUGUCAGCCUGAGAGUGACAAAACAUGUACAGAGCCAUGUUUUAUGUGCCUUCACUCAAAGAAAGACAGCUCAAUUCAUAUCAUAUGUUUAAAAAUGUAUUUAUAUUUACAAACUGCUUCAUAGUAAAGUAGACAAAUAUACAGAUAUCACAACACGACAAGAAAGACUUGCAGCUGUUUAAGGUAUCAUUUACUAUAUACAUUUCUAUGUUUUAUGUGAUUUUUCUUGCUAUUAGAAGGGUUUGAAAAUAUUGGAUAUUAUUUCAAAUUUGUAUCAACACACCCACAGCUACAUGUCAAAAAGUUUUUCUUAAUACACAAUGUGCUUUUAUGCUAGGCAGCUAGCUUUUUUUUUAAUUCAAGAAACUGCUCUUUCAUUGGAUAAUGUAAGGACACAUAAAGUUGGUCAAUUUUUCUAUUUAGCAUAAGUGUGGCCAAAGUCCCAUUUAGACACUUCUGUUUGUCUGGUAUUAAUGUUAUUAAAAUACAAAAGCACAUGUAAGCCCUAUACAUAGUAACAGUAUUGCACAGUACAUAAUCACGCAAACCUUCUUUAUUUUUCACCAGCAAUGUGACCUGGUUUUUAUGUGUAGAAGCUUACAGUUGAUGAAGUGUUUUAUUAACACUCCUGUUUAUGUGGAUAGCCCAAUGCACAGAAGCAUUCCUAAUGUCAAACUCUACUGACUGCUAUUGCCAACCUUCAUCAACUAGUGCUUGUUUUCAACUAUAUUUUACUUACAUCUUCUAAAGUUUCAUCUGCUAAAUGUUCUGAUAACAUCAAUAUAUUCUGUUUGCACCACAAAAACCAAUAAGCAAAAAAAAAUUGGCAUUACAGCAUUUUUAUUUACAUUUAUUUACUUUACUAUAUAAAAUGUGUGACCUGUUAUAUCAGGACAAUUGGCUUCUGAAUGAAUUUAAAGAUAAAAUACAAUAACUUCAGUCAACAUUAAGCGGUUUUGAGUUGUAAAUGUUCAAAAGGAUCAUGAGGUCUGAUGAAUAUUAUUAAGCAUAUUAAACAUGUAAAUAGAAUUAUAACUUAUAAAAUACUAGUAUUAGUUUUGCAAAUACCUACUUGUGACCUAACUUGCUUCAGAUAUAUUCCUAUCAAGAGUGAAUACAUUUUUUAUUAUCAUUUGCAAGUAUUUAAUGUCUUGGUUUAAGCAUUUUAUGCAACAAAUGAACGCAUUAACUGCUUUAUAGUUACUAUUUAACAAACUUACAGUUGAAGGCAUCCGGCACCAAAAAAAUAUAUGUCAGGAAGUGUUUUAUUUUAUGCCCAUAUCAUACUGGGGUAUUUCUGACUGUUGGUUUUGCACAUUGAAAGUAGUGUGUUAUAAUUCGCUUUGUUUCAGACAGCAUUUGCGAUGUUUGUACUGUGUCAUUUAUCUUUUAAACAGAACAUUUCCCUAAUGACAUGAUCUGUACUGUGUUUUGAUGCUAUCCUGUUUUUGUACAGUGUACUCUAAUUAUAAUGUGUACAAUAGAUGAAUAAUUAGAAUAGCUCUAUUCUAAACAUAUUACAAUCUCGUAGUGUCUAAUCAAUUAUGUUUUUUUAUUUUAGAAGUAGGUUCUGUAUGUAAAAAAAACAACAACUCAUUGCAUUGUUGCAACUUAAAAUACAGUAAAAUCAAAUCUGUUUAUUGUUUUUAUUAGUUUCAGCUAUCCUACAAAUCUAGUCUAUAUUUUGAAUUUUAAUCAAGCUAGAAAGAACAGUGCUGAAACAGCCAAAAAAAAGUGCCAGUGAUAUUCUUUAUAAAAUACAAUGUCUGGUUUUAUGUACGAAAGAGUGUGUAAGGUCACACAGUGUUCAGAGUGGCCAUUUCAUUCUGUGUUUUUCUCUAUUUGUAUAUAAUAUAAAGUAUUGCUAUUUUCUAUUUUAAAAAAGGAUCUGAUUUUCUAGCUGAUCUCAGCCUGCAUGGCUGUAACUGUACCAAGAGUACAGUAUAUUCUAUAAAGAGUUUUCUGUUACAACAGCUCUCAAGCUGCAGACUUGGAUGCCAGUUUAUGCUCAGUUCAUUCUACAGAUAUCAGCAUGUUAGUACAGCAGACUUCUGUGACUGCUUGUGUUCUAUAGUCAGUUUUAUACACUACAGAUUCAUUUGUUUUGUUGGUUUUACAGAAUGCAUGCAGCAUGCAUACUGGGAGGUAGUUUAUUGAGGUUCU